AUGGCUUCAAAUGAUCCAGAAGAUAUUGCGAAUUCAAGGAAAAGGAAACGAAGAGUUCAAGAAAAUGGUCCUUAUGUUCUGCGCAGCCUGAUUGAGGACUUGCCCUUGUCUGCAGAUGGAGAUAGUACAGAUAUUGAAAUUAAUUGUGUUGAAUUUCUAGAUCAGAACCUAUAUAUUGGGACGUCGGCCUCGGAAAUCCUCCACUUCGUACAGAUUCCCCCGGAUCCUGCCGACAUAUCUGGAAAGCCCUCUUAUAUUCUAGCCUCAAGAUUACCUCCUGCCUACCAUGAGCCGUCUACUCGAGAAAGACCCGGUGUCCAGCAGAUUCUGCUGCUUCCUAGAGUCAACAAAGCUUGUAUAUUGUGUAACUGGACAGUCACCUUUUAUUCCUUGCCGGAAUUAAGUCCAGUGUUUGGGACAACUCAGAUUCGACCUUGCAAUUGGAUCGGCGGCACAGACUUAAAUACAGAUCUGAUAAGCCCUGAGCAAGAUGGAAGAGGGGUCACAGUGCUUGUUUCGCUGAACAAGAAGAUGAGAGUUGUGAGAAUUGGGGAAGAUCCUCGAGCUGUGAGAACAAUAGAUUUUGCAGGAAGCACUAUAUCCAUCCGUCGUGAUUCCUUUGCUUGUGUCGCAGAUUCCAGGUCUUACGCUUUACUUGAUGUCGAUCGCCAGUUGAAAAUACCCCUCUUUCCCAUAUCCUCCUCAGAUGAUUCCCAGUCUGGUAGCGUGGGUGGAAGGGUCGAGGAUAUAUCCGGUAAUAGCGGUGGUGGAAUUUCACGAAACACGUCCCUGACUCAUGGGGGCUCGUCAGAUGAUCGAAGCCAUGGAAGGAGUACAAGUCUUGGUGCUUUCAUAGCCGGUUCAGAUCGUUCUGGGCGAGGCACCCCUGACCGCUUAUUUCGCGAUGCCUCGCCUGUACCUACGGCCAGUUCUUCUGGCCCUGCGCAGCGUGAAGCAAGUCCGGAGAAACCAUUACCACCUCCGCCAGCUGAUUCUUCGGUAGCUAGUGCUCAAGCACCCAUAUAUUCUACGCCGCCUGUGUACUUGAAGCCACAUAUAGUUUCGCCUUCCCCGCAAGAGUUUCUUCUGGUCACAGGCACUGGUACACGCGAUCAUGGAGUUGGUAUGUUUGUAAAUCUUGAGGGCGACGUUACUAGAUCAACGUUGGACUUCGCCAGAUAUCCUGAUGAGGUUGUUGUGGAUGGUCGUGGCGUCGAUGUCGACCCCGUCCCCAAUACAGUGGAAGAAGAAGAGGAAGGAUAUGUACUUGCUUCAAUGACAUAUGAAGAUGGUGAUAUAGUGCGAUAUGGUAUUGAAAUUCAACGAUGGGAUCUGGAUCCUGGGGAGGACGUUAUACAGAAGUUCUGGUUGGAAGCUCCACCCUCUGAUGAUGCGAAUGGCAAUGAAGUAGAACGUAAGAUUGGCUUGAGAUCAGUAAUUCAACCAGGGGACAUUUAUUUCGAUGACGUGGUCGACAAACUUCGGCUAAAGCGCUUUCAACCUUUUACAUUGAAAUCUUUGAACACGUCCUCACUAUCUCUAAAAAGUGCUGAAUCUCCAACCGCAGCAUCACUGCAAAGAGUCACGGGCGAGAGGGAACUAUUCGAAGAAUCGCUUUCGCCAGGUUGGGAAGCCCGACGUAAUGAUGAAGAGCAACAAUUCGCACAGAGGCUAGGGAAAUCGCGGUCACGCGUCGUUACCUGGUCAGGAGAAAAUGUAUGGUGGGCAGUUCGAAAUCCACUUGCCCUGCGGCUUGAUUCAGAACUUGAUAUGGAGUCUGAAAAUGAAGAGGUGCAAUCUCUCGACAGAAAGAAAGCUAUUGGAAUGUUGAAUUCUCUUCGAGGCCGUGAAGCCAAAACCGAAGUUGAGUUUGUGAGCUUGGGCUAUAUCCGACAGAAAAUUGGGUUGCUUAUUUUCAUAAGUCUAUUGACAGUUCCUGUGGGUCAAGCCACAGAAAUGGAAUAUGGAGCCGCCGAAGAAGCUCUUUCUGAGGGAAGCCUUGAUCCCAGAGUCAUUCUUGCUAUUAUCCCUGUUCUAAGAAACGAGAUCAUUGAAGGAAAGACUGGCAUUUGGAUUCAUGGCGGUGUGAAGGAGGCUGCAGAUAAAUUUAUAAGAAUCACGAAUGGAGUUUGGGAAAAUCAAAACUCAAAUAAGGAUGGCAUAAUGUCUGAACAAAUUCUUCGUUUCUUAAGGAGACUCCUGCUCUCAUGGCGCCGAAGAAAAGGCUUUGGUAGCAUUUCAAACGAGACUGAAGUCUUCAAAAGUGUUGAUGCUGCACUUCUGAUUGUGCUAUUACAAAUGGAUACAUCAUCUCCUCGCGGGCCUGCAAGAGCCAAGUCCAUACGAGCAGAACUGAACAAUCUGGUGGAUCACGGUGUUGAUUGCUUUGAACGAGCAAUUUCUAUACUUCAAUCCUACAACCGAUUAUACGUUCUCAGCCGUUUGUAUCAAAGUAAAAAGAUGACGGAAGAAGUCUUGAGCACCUGGAAAAGAAUCAUAGAAGGCGAAGAAGACAAAGGAGGCGAGCUUCUCGAUGGUGAAAACGAAGUACGAAGAUACCUACUCAAUGUUCGAAACCCAGCUCUAGUCCGAGAAUAUGGAGUCUGGCUCGCAUCCCGCAAUCCCAAACUAGGAGUGCAAGUUUUCGCCGAUGGACAAAGUCGAGUCAAGUUCGAACCAACACAAGCUCUCGAAAUCUUACGAGAAGGAGCACCUGGUGCUGUCAAAGAAUUUCUAGAGUAUUUGGUCUUUUCAAAACAUCACUCGGAAUAUAUCAAUGAACUUAUCGCUUAUUAUCUGGACAUCGUAACCGACAAGCUCGAGACAUCUCGAGAAGCAAGAAACACAUUAAUCCAAACCUACGAAUCAUACCGCGCCCUCAGACCUCCCAAACCCACAUACCGACAGUUCAUUACCGAAAAUGUCCUCGAGGAAGAAUGGUGGCAUAGUCGUCUUCGUCUUCUCCAAUUGCUAGGCGGAAGUCAAGGUUCCGCAUCCCAAUACGACGUCGCUGCUAUCCUCGCCCGCAUAGCUCCUUAUACCCAAGAACUCGUUCCUGAAAUAAUCAUCCUCGAUGGGAGACAAUCGCUCCACGAAGAAGCAUUGCGACUUCUAACUCACGGAUUAGGCGACUAUGACACAGCGAUCAAUUAUUGUCUCCUCGGCGGCUCCAGCAUCUACCAUCCAACCUCAGGCACCUUAUCCCCCGCAACACUCCCUACGCGUGCUGAACAAUCUUCGCUCUUCCAUACUCUCCUGCAGGAAUUCCUCAAGAUAGAUGAUCUGAGUAAUCGUGUCGAACAAACUUCUUCGCUCCUCGAACGAUUCGGAAAUUACUUUGAUGUGCAGGAUGUGUUGAAUAUCAUACCCGAUACGUGGAGUGUGGAAUUGGUGUCAGGAUUUUUAGUCAGUGCAUUGCGAAGAAUUGUGAGAGAGAGGAGUGAAACGAUGGUCGUGAGGGCGUUGAGCGCGACGGAUAAUUUGAAGGUUAGUGCGGGGUUGGUCGAUAGGGUUAGGGAGUUGGGUCCGAAGAUUGUGGUGGAGGCGGAAGCGGGGGAUUAA